AUGCCGCCGCGCUCCCGCGGCAGGCGCGCGUCGCCUCCGGCACCGAUCCAGGAGGACGAGGACGUCGAUUUCGAGGUCAGCUACAGCGAGGACGCGGACGGUCCGGAUGAGGAGGAUGGCUCGGAGGGGGGAGGUUCAGACUCGUCGUCGUCUGAGGAAAGCACGGAUGUAGAGGACGGCGAAAGGUCGGAUGAGGAGGGACAGUCGGAGGGCGAGUCGGAGGAAGAGGAGGAGGAGGAGGGGGAGAGUGUCGCGGAGGGGUGCGGGCCAUCCGUGCCGGCUAGGGUUCCCGGCGGCGCGGCGGCAGCAGCAGCGGAUAGGGCGACCAACGCCCCCAAUUGCCCCGUGUGUAUGGAGCCCUGGACCUCCGAAGGCGAGCAUCGCAUAAGCUGUAUUCCUUGUGGGCAUGUCUACGGCAGAUCCUGCCUGGAGAGAUGGUUAAUGCAGCGGGGUAACAUUAGUGCGACGUGCCCUCAAUGUGCAAGGAGGUUUAAACAUAAGGACAUCAUCAAUCUCUAUGCGACGGAGGUUGUGGUUCUAAAUAAUGACCUAGAAAAGCAAUUAUCGUCUUGCAGGGAAAAGGUCGAAUCCCUUGCAGAAGUGGUCCUGAAACAAGGGAAGUUGCUUGAGGAGAUAAUUGCUGAGAAGAAUCAGAGGUCAACAGAUGUUGGUGUCGCAAAAAGACAGAAAAUAGCAGAGCGCUCGGAUGGAAGAACAUAUCUGGAACCGUCAGCCUCAGACAGAGCAGAUCAUAGCUCUAGCAACAGUUGCUGUUUUGUCUUAAAGAAUGAUUUAUUUUUUGAUGGAGCUCGAGUCAUGGGCAUAGACGCAGCUAACCAAAUAAUACUUGCUUCUCGAAAGGCACCUGGUGUAUUUGGGGAACAUGUUCUUACCAAGAUUAAUAUGUCUUCCAAUUAUGAAGCACGUAAUAUACAGCUUCCCCCUGAUACUAAAGUUGUCAAGGAUAUAUGUAUCUUGCCUGGUGGCUCUGCUCUAUAUGCAUCACUGGGAAAAAGGCUAUCACUUCUCAGCAUGACGACUGACAGUGUUGUUCUUCAAUGCUAUUUGCCGGCUCCUGCUUGGUCCUGCUCAGCACACGACUCUGCUUCACACCAUAUUUAUGCUGGCUUGCAGAAUGGAAUGCUUUUGGUCUUUGAUACUCGUCAGACUUCAAGACCCUUGCAUUCUAUGGCUGGGCUAUCUUCUCAUCUGGUUCAUACACUCCACUCAGUCACUGAUAGCAGCGGUUCCAGGAAGGUUAUUUCUGCUUCUGCUAUCGGACCUUGCAUGUGGGAUGUUGAUGGCAACCAAAGCAAGCCAAAGUUGCUGCUAGGGGAAGAUAAUCAACGUGUUUGCUUCUCGCUCGCGUGUAGGCCCCCAUCAAGUGAUCUCUUGGUGGCCUCCUUCCGGCCAAAGUCUGAUCUAUCAGGAGACGUGGCUCCAUCCCAAGCAUAUCUAUCGCAAACACCGACACCGUCUGGAUCAGGGAAACUGGGGUAUCACACAGUCAUCACAAGGACAGGAAAUGCAUCCUUUGCCCAAGGCAGCGCCUGUUACUCCAACGUGAGUGAAAUCCGCAUGUGCAAAUCCUCGAUCAUUCCUUACGGAAACAGUCGGCACCUCUUUGCCUUUGGGGACGAGGCGUUGUGUGGGGUCCAGACCUGGGAGCUUCCUUUGUUUGGGAUGCCUGCUGCUCUGCCCGCCCACCGUGAACCAAUCUUUGAUCUAAGGUACGCGGAAAGUCCAGCAGGAGAUGGGUACCUUGGCUGCCUGAGUGAUCAAAAGUUGCAGGUUUUUAGAGUUAGAAGGUAGAAUGACAGGGAUCCAGCACUCUUCUAGGGUUUCACGAAUUUUUUACUUCAAACCUGGAUUUCAGAGUCUUUUUGGCAAACCAGGUUUUUAGAGUUAGUGCUCUCUCCGAUCCAUAUUAGCUAUCACAAAUAGUAGAGACAAGUGGAGUAAUAUGGAUCCGAGGGAGUAGGUAAUUAAGUGGUAGUAACAUGUCUAUUGUUUAGUGACUAGAAUGUCAGGGAUAGAAACAAAGCCCCUUUUUCUUUUCAGUAAAUACAGGUUUGAUCAAAGCAGAGAACUUUGUUUUACAGUUAACAGUUAUUGUAUGGUCCCAUUUGUGUGCAA